AUGAUUAUUAGAAUGAAAGGAAUAACAUUAGAUAGUAUUGGAUAUAAGAAUUGUAAUAUGUUGAUUUAUAAACAAGAAAUACAAGAAUGUAUUGAAUUUGAAAAAGGAUAUUAUUUAAAUUCAAAUAAAGAAUGUCAAUUAUUACCAGAUAAUUGUAUUGUAGGAUAUAAAACAUAUUGUUAUCAAUGUAAAGAAGGAUAUAUUAAAGAAAAUGGAGAAUGUAAAGAAAUUGAUAAUAAAUGUAAUAAAUCAGAAAGAAAUUAUUGUUUAAAAUGUUCAAAUGGAUAUAAAAUACAAAAUAAUCAAUGUAUUGGAGAUAAAGAAGAUCAAUGUUAUUAUGAAGGAAAUAAAUGUGUAUCAUGUUCAAAUAAAUAUACAUUAAAUAAUGGAAAAUGUUCAAAUAAAGAAAAGAAUCAAAAUGGAAAGAAUGAAGAAAUAUAUUGUGAAAAUGGAAAAUACAUCAAUAAUAAUAAAUGUAUAAAAUGUUCAAAAUCAGAAAUAUGUCAAACAAAUGAUAUUGAAAUAAAAUGUAAAUAUGAAGAAUAUUUAGAUAAUAAUAAAUGUAUAAAUAAAACAUGUGAAGAAAAUAUGAUAAAAGAUCAAAAUGGAAAAUGUAAUAAUAAUAUUUCAUAUUGUUUAAAUAAAUCAUAUGUUAAUGGAAAAUGUGUUGAAUGUUUAAAUACAUAUUCACCUAAUUUGAAGGGAGAAUGUAUUAAUACAAAAAUAGAAUAUUGUGAAGAACAAAAUGGAUAUGGAUGUAAAAGAUGUAAAGAAGGAUAUUAUUUAACAAAAGACAUGAAAUGUUUAAAAUGUGAUGAUAAAUGUGAAACAUGUUAUGGAACAUCUACAUAUUGUAUGAGUUGUUCUAAUGAUAAAUAUUUAAGAAAUGAUAAAACAUGUCAAUCAAAUAAAGAAUUAAAUGGAACAUGUUUACAAAUAUUAGCAGAUGGAAGUGGAUGUGGAAUAUGUAAGAAUGGAUAUUAUAGAAAUGGGAAAGGAUGUUCAAAAUGUGAAAAAGAAUGUUUAACAUGUAAUCAAAAAGAUAAAUGUAUAAUAUGUGGAGAAGGAUAUUUUAUGAGUUCAACAGGAAUAUGUAAAUCAACAACAACAAUUAAAGGAUGUAAAGGAGAAAUAGAUAAAGAAUAUGGAUGUAGAGAAUGUUUAACAGGAUAUUAUUUAAUAAAUAAAG